AUGCUGCCAGUCAUGAAGUUUGACGGUACCCCCAUUUAUCCAAAGCCCAUCUUGGAGGGAACUGGUCCCAACAAGAUCUGUCAUGUACCCGGAUCACCAACUCAAGUAUCAAUGAAGAAGGUGAACAAGGAAGAGUUCCAUGAUUUAUUUAAGAAACUCAUCGGAAGGCUUACCGCGGAGUAUGUUAGGUAUGGCGCCAACAUGAAGGAUGACUUCAACCAGAGUCGACUGUUGGCUUUGGGAUGCAAUCCAUUUACUUCCACGUAUCUGUUGAACGAGUUGGUUUUCCUUGGCACCAUGGUGGCUGACCCUACUGUUGGCGACCCUAAGUACAAGCCUCUGACAUCCGAUCUGAAGAAGCUCGUCAAAGAUAUCCUAAUGAAGGAAGUACGAGAGAUCUGCAGUGAGCUACUCAAGGAUCCUGAAAUGGUGGCCCGGGCUACCUUUGUGGAAUACCACGACGACGACCCCACGGUCAGUGACUUCGAGAAACUGAGAAGGAAGAAACAAAGGAACGAAGAACAAGUUCCAGUCCAGGCAGCUCUUGGGGAUCGAGUGGAGCGAGAGGUAGAGGCAUGGUUCUCGCAAGACUUUCAUCUCACUACUGCUCUCAAACUACAGAAGUCUCGUCCCGUCCCCCAGGAUGUUCUUGAUCGGCUCGGAACAAACAAGAUCUGUUGGCUUGAAAAUGUGGAGAAGAUCGUCCAACACUUUGAUAUCAUGGACUGGUGGGAGCGGGAAGGGAAGAUUACCUAUCCCUUGAUUUAUGCCGUGGCCUGUUGCAUCCUUGCCCUUCCCGACAGCAAUGGAUUCCAAGAACGAACCUUUAGUGCGGCGACUUGGAUGGACGGAAUCCUCAAU